GCGGUGCUUGAACCCCAUGAGGACUUCAAUACGUACGUGGGCGCCAGUUUCCACACAAUGAGGACCCUACGGGAGAGGGUGGGAGGUCAGACCAAUGUUAAGGGCUUGCUGGCAAGAGAGGACGCUUAGCAGGACAGGGAGCACUCCCAUGAGGACGUUCAUGGAUCGCCUCCACGGCGAGAAGCGAGUGCAACAGGGUCCACACGAGGCUCGUGCUGAGUCAUCUCAUCGAGGGGCAAGGGUGAUUGGCAAUGCCACAAUCAUAGAGGUGCUUGCCUGUGCAGGGAUAGCGUCCGGCAGUGCCACUGACCAUGUGCAUAGGAGUGAGGGAUCUCUUCAUGCAGGUGCUCAGCAUGGGCUGCAGCAGAUGACGGAGCAAAGGACGAAACAGAGGGUGCAGCAGACGGUCGACCAGAGGGCGGAUGAUAGGCCGCUGCAGAGGACGAAGGACAAUGACAGGGUGGAUCAGGUGGUGGAGCAGAUUGCUGAUCGUCGGAGGGCGACACAGACUGUGGUGCAAACGGUGCAUCAGAGGGUGACUUGCGUCGUCGAUGAGACAGUUGAAAAGAGGCAAGAGGAGGGUGCACGGUCUGUCUUGGAGCAGAGCGUUCAGCAAACGAUCGGGGACAGUGCAUACCAGAGAGUGGGCCAAAGUGUGGAGCCGAGGGUUGCGGAUGUCGUUACACCAACGGUGGAGCAGAGGGCCGAGCAGAGACUGGGCGGGAGGGUGGAGGCAUUGGUGGAGCAGACGAUAGAGCAAAGGGCACACAUGUCUAGAGUUUGUAGAGUGGAGCAGAGGGUUGAGCAGAGGCUCGGCGUCAAAGUGGACGUUAGUGUGGAUCAGCGAUUGGGCCAUGAGAGAUUAGACGCAACAUGCGCGAGGGUGGGUGAGAGGGUGGGUGAGAGUGUGGUGCAUGAUGUGGGUGGUGUGACGGCGGAAGAGAGGACAUAGGAGAUGGCCAGUCCUCUAUAGGGGUUGAUGUUAGGGCACGUGUUGGGGAGCCAUCACAGCGCGGAGUCAAGGGUGCAUCGGACUCCA